AUGCUGAAGCUGAUGAAGGAGCAUGAGGUGGAUGGAUACCUUACAUUUACCUCUGAUGAGCACCUGAACGAAUAUAUAGGUGAAGGAGACAAAAGGUUGGAGUUCUUAACUGGGUUUUCUGGGUCAAAUGGAAUAGCCAUAACCUGUGAACACCCUGUCCUGUACACAGACUCGAGAUAUUACAUCCAGGCAAUGAACCAAUCUAAGAAAUACAAGCUUAAGAAGAUGGAGGAAGACGAGGGGAUAGAUGAGUAUAUCGGGAAGGUGUGUAAAUGCAAACAGGUUGGCAUAUGCAAGAAGUUUAUUCGAUCUCAAAGAUAUGAGGAUCUAAAGAAUAAGCUUGAGUCUCGAGGAAUAAGCUUGAAGCCCUUUGAUGAUGAUCUAGUAGAUAUCAUAUGGAAAGACAGGCCUCUGAGAACUUUUAACAGGGUGUACAGCAUUGAGGAAAAGAGGCUUCAGAAAUACCAAAUGGAACUUGCAGAGCUAUGCGAGGACCCUGAGCACAAGGAUUUACUAGGGAGGAAGAUGAUUGAUGAAGACGUAAGUGUUGUUGGAAAAACAUUUGAAGAUAAGCUAAAGGAAGUGAGGUCGAUUCUUGAGGAAGGCCAGACAUUAGUGAUCACCGAGCUUGAUACAAUAGCAUGGGUAUUCAAUCUGAGGGGAUCUGAUAUCCUUUACAACCCCGUGUUCUACUCAUAUGCAAUUUUGUCGAAGGACUUUGCAAAGCUGUUUACUAACGAGAAGGACAUCCGAAUGGAGGGGGUGGAUAUUUAUCCUUAUGAUGACUUUGAGAGGCAUGCGGCAGAGAUUAAGGGUAGGGUUAUUAUUUCUGGAAGUUGUAAUGCAUAUGUCAAAGAUCUGUUUGGGGAUGUGGAGUAUUGCGACAAGCUGAGGCUUCUCCAGUCCCAGAAGGCAGAAAUAGAGAUUGAGGGAUUCCGUUUGUCCUAUGUAUUUGAUGGGAUGGCUCUUGUGGAGCUGUUUGAGUGGAUAGAUCUAAAUCUUGAUAAGGGGAUAUCUGAGAAGGCAAUUGGGGAAAGGCUAGAAGAGAUCAAGAGUCGAUUUUCUGGAUACGUUCAAGCCAGCUUUGAGUCGAUCGUUGGUGGAGGGCCUAACGGGGCGAUUGUGCACCAUAAGGCAGGUGAUAGAAAGGUAUCAAGAGGUGAGGUUAUUCUGAUUGACAGCGGGUCACAAUACAUGUUUGGGACCACGGAUACCACGCGGACCCUUCAUUUUGGAGAACCGACUGCCGAGGAGAAGAAAAGCUAUACCCGCGUUCUCAAGGGGCAGCUAAGGUCGAUGAGGAUGAAAUUCAAGUCCAAUAUGCAGUCUUCAGUUUUGGAUUCGCUAUCAAGGAUUGAUCUAUGGAAUGUGAUGGAAGACUAUGGGCAUGCUACUGGGCACGGGGUAGGCCACUUUCUAUGUGUACACGAGUCUCCACCAACCAUCUCUUACUCAGGCGACCAAACUCUAAAGCCUGGACAGGUAUUCUCAAUUGAGCCCGGGUUCUAUAAGGAAGGAGAAUAUGGAAUAAGGAUUGAGAACCUUGUAUAUCUGAAAAACAUUGAUGACAAAUUCUACGAGAUAGCCAACCUGACACUUGUUCCGUAUCAUCUUAAGCUUAUAGACAUUUCGAUGAUGUCUGAAGAGGAAGUGGAUCAUCUGAACAGAAUCAAUGAAGAAAUAAGAUCUGCAUUGGAGCCGCUCAUGAGAAGAAAGGUUGGGUACAGAUACCUGAUGGAGAACACAAUGCCCAUUAAGAAAUAA